AUGAACGACUUUGAACGUGUUAGCCGAAGCAUCGUCCGCACCUUCUACGACCCUCCACCAACAAAUGACUCAAACGACCCCAUAUGGCUGCUAGGUCAGCGCUACGACCCCCGGCCUCCUCCAUGGAAGCCUACACCCAACGACACUUCUCCAGCUGGGACCGGCACACCACCAUCUGAACGUACCGAUGAUGAAAGCUGGAUACGGACAAGCAUCGAAGAGACGGACCGCAAGGAAGCUCCAAAUGGCGAAGACCCAGCACAAUACGGCAACUGGCCCUCUGCCUUUCUGGACGACUUCGAGUCGCGCAUUUGGAUGACGUACCGCUCUGGCUUUACCCCCAUCCAAAAGAGUCAAGACCCCAAGGCAACAAGUGCCAUGAGCUUCCGCGUGCGCAUGCAAAACCUGGCCUCUCCAGGCUUCACCUCGGACACAGGCUUUGGCUGCAUGAUCAGGAGCGGCCAGUGCAUACUGGCUAAUGCGCUGCAGAUACUACGCCUCGGACGGGACUGGCGGUACCAGGAGCAGCCUGAUGCAAAGGAGCAUUGCGAUGUAGUUGCCAUGUUUGCCGACGAUCCAAGGGCGCCUUUCUCCAUCCACCGCUUCGUUGAACAUGGUGCUGCUGUGUGUGGAAAGUAUCCCGGCGAAUGGUUUGGACCUUCGGCUGCUGCGCGCUGCAUACAAGACUUGGUUCAUAAGAACAGAGAGGCGGGGUUGAAGGUCUACGUCUCUGGCGAUGGAGCCGACGUGUAUGAAGAUAAGCUCAAGGAGAUUGCCGUCGACGAUGAUGGCGAGUGGCAUCCUACGCUGAUUCUUGUCGGCACAAGGUUGGGCAUCGACAAGAUCACGCCAGUAUACUGGGAGGCGCUCAAAGCAAGCCUGCAGAUGAAGCAGAGCAUCGGUAUCGCAGGUGGCCGUCCUUCAGCAUCACACUACUUUGUUGCUACACAGGCAAAUAACUUCUUCUACCUUGAUCCUCACAGCACGCGCCCGCUUCUGCCAUAUCGACCCUCUUCAUCGUCGACCGAAGAACAAGUAGCAGCUCCUUCUACGCUUGAAGCAUCAGCAACUUCAGUAACCUCGACUUCGUCAUCAACGACCAUCGUCCCCUCAGCCAACGAAGUAACGGCUCCCUCAGACGUCUCAAAACCAAGCGGCUACUCGUUAGAAGAGCUUGCAACCUGCCACACGCGCCGCAUCCGUCGCCUGCAAAUCCGCGAGAUGGACCCCUCUAUGCUCCUCGCUUUCCUCAUCACAUCAGAGGACGACUAUGAGGACUGGAAACAAGGAGUCCGCAGCGUCCAGGGCAAGAGCGUGGUGCAUGUGCAGGACAAGGAGCCAGCGCCCAGAGGGCAGGAGCGCGAGGGAGCCAUCGACGAAGUGGAGAGCUGGGACGAGGAUGGUUUGCAAUAG